AUGGAUCUUUUCAGGACCUUACCUGUCCGCUCCAUUUCGGUUGUCUCCCUGACGACUGCGUAUCUGGCGUCAUCAGGCAAACUACCCAUAUGGCCCCAAUGGAGCCUGGUACCGUCAUUUCUAGCUCUUUGGAGUCUUCAAUUCUCCUUCUGGCUUAUAUGGGUUCUCUUUCUCUACAAUAGUCUGUUUUCUCCCUUUCAAGACUUGCCCACGCCUGACGGCAAACAUUGGCUCUUUGGCCAUUUCCCCAUCAUCAAGAAGUUUCCGACUGGGAAACCUAUGAUUGAGUGGGUGAACACACUCCCGAAUGACGGCCUGAUCAGAUAUUUUGGUCUCUUCAACCAAGAGAGGCUGCUCCCUACAAACCCCAAGGUAUUGACCGAGCUUCUUACCACCAAAAACUAUGACUUCCAAAAGCCCUCUUCAUGGCGAUGGCUCAUCGGCCGUAUGCUCGGUAUCGGGCUUUUGUUGGCUGAAGGCGACGAACAUAAAGUGCAGCGGAGGAAUCUGAAUCCAGCAUUCCACUUCCGCCACAUCAAGAAUCUGUAUCCUAUUUUUUGGAGUAAAUCCAAGGAGGGUGUAGAGGCCUUGACCAAGAAAGUCCUGAGCGAGAAGAAGUCCAUCGGGCCAUCGGGACCCAAGGACCAAGAAGAAAGCCGUGCGGCUGUCGUCGAGGUCGGAAACUGGGCCUCUAGAAUUGCACUCGACAUUAUCGGAGUCACCGGUCUCGGUCGUGACUUUGGCGCCAUCUCAGAUCCAGGGAACGAACUCAACCAGACCUACCAAAAUCUGUUUUCUCCCAGCAAGCAAAGCCAAACGCUCGGUAUGCUUAACCUCAUCUUCCCGGCCCGUCUAGUCCAACUCCUUCCUGUUCAACGCAACGCAGACAUUUUGGAAGCCGCCCGCUAUAUAAGGAACGUCUGCCACGACCUCAUCCGAGCCAAGAAAGAAAAGCAAGAACGGAAAGAGUCCCUCGGCGACGACAUCCUCUCCACCGCCAUCGAAUCCGGUGCUUUCAGCGACGAUAACCUUGUUGACCAACUCAUGACCUUCCUCGCUGCCGGCCACGAAACCACCGCGUCUGCCAUGACAUGGGCCAUCUACCUCCUUUCCAAGAACCCCGAGAUCCAAUCCCGCCUCCGCGCCGAAGUCCGUUCCCGCCUCCCCUCCCUUGCAGAUGAUUCCUCCCAAGAAAUCACCAGCGUCGACAUCGACUCCAUGACCUAUCUCAACGCGGUUUGCUCUGAAGUCCUUCGGUAUUUCCCCCCUGCCCCCGUCACCAUCCGGGUAGCUGCCUGCGACACCUCGAUCCAGGGCCGGCACAUACCCAAGGGAACUCAGUUCAUGAUCAUCCCUUGGGCUAUCAACAAGUCCGAAGCCCUUUGGGGGCCUGACGCAAGGGAGUUCAAACCUGACCGCUGGGUGCCAAAGGACGAGACGGAUAAGAGUGCCGCCAGUGGAGGGGCGACGUCGAACUAUGCGUUCCUGACUUUCUUGCACGGGCCGAGGAGUUGUAUCGGGCAGCAGUUUGCCAAGGCGGAGUUUGCGUGUAUGUUGGCUACGUGGGUUGGGAGGUUCGAGAUGGAGCUGGAGAAUAAGGAGGAGGAGGAUGAGGAGAAGAUUAGUAUCAAGAGCACGCUCACGGCGAGGCCGGAGAAGGGGUUGUUUGUGAGGUUAAAGGUGUUGGACGGGUGGUAG